UAGAAACCGAGAAAAUUCUGGACAAAUGAUGAAAUAACGUUCUAGUCUGAAUUGUAUAGUCUCAUUUCGAAAGUAGAAAGUUAAUUAAACAACGAUAUUCGCAAACUAUAAAGACUGGUUAAGUUUCGGGUCCUUGUCAAAUGCAUCAUUCAUAUAUUGUUUCGAACAAUGUCGUGUUGUUUUUCAUUUAAAGUGUUGAAUGGCAUUUUUAGCGUUUUAAGAUACGAGCGGCACUGCAAAGUCAGGAACGCAGACACGGUGAAAGCUUUGCUUUUGGUUUUUAAAGACAAAAAAAAAACUGUCACGAAUUCCACGAUUGUUAAAUGUCGAGUUUCAAAAGCGAAAUGAGGUAAACCUCGAACGAAAGCAAAUUAUGUCGGCGAAUACUGCCGGGCAUUUCCCUUUAAAUUCAUACUCCAGGGCAUUCAGCGUGUCAAACUUUCCAAUAGCUCAUCGGUGCUUGUAAUAAGCCACUGCUGCCUCUCUGAGAAGGAGUUUUGAUGUUUGAUGUUGUGUUGUGACAUCCACUGAAGGAAACAAUGACACAGGCUUGGCUGCUAGGCUGCCUCCUGCUGUCGCUAUGCACUCUGUGCCUUACGGAAAGCUUUCAUCUGGAACUGGAGAUGGAGCAUGACUGGGACUGGGGGUCUGGACUGGAAAAUCUUCUCCACAGCUUCCCGGCCGACAGCCCUUUUGUGACCGAAACCCCCGAGAAACCGGUUAACUGCUCCCAGCGCUUCUGGCUGCCCCCGACCUCGCCCAUCUGUUGGGAGAACAUCGCUGGACCAGAGGAGUUUGAGCGAUCUCGCCUCCUGGUGCUGCAGAACCGGGCAGCUCUGAGGGCUGUGUCAGAGGCCAGCGGUGUGCAGGAGGGGGAAAGAUCCUACAAUCAGCAGGCCAGGGAGGAAGUCCUGGCCAUUCAGGCCGAUCACCUCAACAUUGUGCAGACGGCUGAGACAAUGCAGAAAGUCUUCCAGAAUCUGGAAGAAAAGAGGAAGGAAGGUACAGAGCUUUUGACCUUUUCAAGCUUUAAGGAGAGGAUCGGCACAACAAAGGAUUCUAUACAAGGACGGGAGCACCUGGCAGACUUGCUGGAGAGACAACUGGCCAGCCUGGAAGGGUCUAUUCACAUCCUGCAGCACAGGCUAGCCAAGUUACUGGCCUGAUGAUUUUGUGAGUCAGCCUGCAAGACAGCACCCUCUCUCCAGAUCAGCUUAGUAUAUCCAGAACAAAAACUUGAUUUGCUUGGCUGUAUGCCUAGAAAAGCAAAGGAAACCUGUUUUUACACAGUGUAUGGUAGCCUAUAGAACUUUUUUUUGUAUCUCAAUAUCCAUUCUUUGCAUGCUGACAGUCAUGUACUAAAUUCUCCAUCUACACAUAGCGUUCCUACUUGAAGUUCCUAGCAAUAAAAUCUAUUUUUAUACUUGUAA